AUGGAUAUUCUUGAUGACCAUGUUGCCCCCCUUAACGUUCUGAAAGGCAAGGUUCACGCACCAAGUCAGAACGAGCCUCUUCCUCACGGCAUUAUUUCGAGCAAUAUGUUUUCUACACUGCCAUCGCAAAUGCGUGUGACGCCCCCUCUGACGCCACAUAGCUCUCUGGAGGAUAUUGUUGAGAGGAGUAGUCAUGAAAUCUCUAUUUUCCACAAUUACCUCCGGGCUUUUUAUCCCUUUAAACCAAAUGCAGGGGUUUCUUCCUCCACUGUUACUCUGCCUUUGGACCAAGGGGAUAUAAUUCUAGUGCACUCAAUUCACACUAAUGGCUGGGCUGAUGGUACUUUGCUGGAAACUGGUGCUCGUGGCUGGCUGCCGACAAACUAUUGCGAGGCAUAUGACCAAGUACCAAUGCGACCAUUACUUAAAUCGUUAACAGAUUUUUGGGAUACUAUCCGUGGGGGUUCAGCUUCCACUCUUCAUCAAUUUACCAACCAGGAUUAUAUGAGGGGACUCAUAGCGGGUGUGCGAUUUCUGCUGGAAAAAUCUGAAUGCUUGACACGGGAUUGCCAUUUAGUCCAGAAGUUUGAUGCUUUGCGGAGAAACAGAAAAGCACUCCUUUCAGAUCUUUCCUCCUUGGUGAAACUAGCCAAGAGGUUGCAGGAUGUUGCUACUGGUGGGCAAUUCGAUGGAUCGCUAGACGCGAUCUUCGACCAGAUGCUGUUCAAAGCUUUCAAAAUAAUUACCCGAGGUGUACGCUUCUUAGACGUAUGGAAUGAAGAGAUUGGCCUGAGCAGAGUCAUUACCGAGUUGGAUGUUCCAUGUAUAAGCCCUGCUCACGAUAUAUACGAUGUUCCUUUAACUCCACCUGUGGACGCGUCGUUCUCUCCUGGGCCAAUCCUGGAAUCCACUGCUUCUUCUGCUUUAUCCUUUAAUAUAGUCGAGACCACCACUCCUCUAGAUCAGGGAGACUGCUCGAACGAUACUCAUGGAGAACUGUACAACGCCCAUAAUCCUCCCAGGCCGCAAUCCGUUCAACCUAAGAGGAUAUCUAUUUCUCAUCGUAUAUCUUACAACGGAUCAUCUUCAGCACAUAAUCCUAAGCUUGCCUCCACACUCCUUACCUCGGCCUACGAUGAAUUUCUUGGCGUACUUGGUUCCUUUAUUGGUCUCCAUCUUCAAUCUCGUUCGUCAACCGAACUGCUUCUCACCACUCAGAAAGCAACGCAAUCCUGUCGAACUUUGCUCACGAUAGUGGGAACGAUAUGCGAGCGUGAUAUUCAUCGUUCGGACCUCCUGGAACAAUCUAAAAAUACGUUAUAUGAUCGGAUUACCGAGCUUGUCCAUGCAACUCGGGAUGUGUUUCGGCCAGCGCAUGCAACCGAUGAUGAAGUUGUGUUUAUGCCAGAUGAGGGGAAGAGGUUAGUUGAUGCUGCCACUGGCUGUGUCAGGGGAGCUGGCGACUGUGUUGCGAAGGCAAGAUAUGUAUUUGAGCAGAGUGGUGACUUUGAACUGGAAAGUAUCGGUCUUGGUAUAACUGGCUUGGACACAGACAACCACGAAAGCCUUACCGACAAUCGGUACAUUGAUGAUUCAGAAGUGCGGAAUGCAGAUGACCAACUGGAAAACGUGCACGAUAGCAAUCAGGUCUCCAUGCGGUCUCCCCUACCACCUAUUUUGAUACCAACCAAGCAACUGCCUUUCACCCCGGAUCUGUCGGAUGGUGCUACCCCAUCCUCUGAAUACACUAACACAAUGGCUGAAACCCCUACCUCGGUCCUCGACGAACAACUGGAUCUAAAUCUUUCUUCAUACCACCAUAUAGCAGAUACCCAUGCUCCCUCUGAACAAUGUGAUACCUUCGGUGCCUACCAUGCUACUUCCCCGGAAGAUGACCAUUCCUCAAAUAUGUGCCAUGCGGAAACCACAGCAGAUUUGUCAAGUACUUACGUAAACAGUAUUCGAGAUUCGGAGGCGAGUACUGUUUCCCAGGCCUCCACUCGUGUUAAUAGUCCCGAUUUCAACAAACCAUUCCCUCCCGUGGUUGCUCAGAGCAGCUUUCAAGGUUUUCAAUCACCUCUAAUCGAAGAAGGUGACGAGGGCGAGAAUCUGUUGGAAAAGACUUAUGCACAGGAGCUCAUGUUCAAGGAUGGUCAGGUAAUCGGAGGGAGCCUCCGAGCUCUCAUUGAAAAAUUGACUGCCCAUCAAUCCACCCCAGAUGCGCUGUUUGUGUCCACCUUUUACCUCACUUUCCGACACUUUGCUACUCCUACGGAUUUUGCUGAGGCGCUGAUGGACCGCUAUGAUUAUAUUGGGGACAAUACCGAAGCCGCUGGACCCGUCCGUCUUCGAGUUUACAAUAUCUUUAAAGGCUGGUUAGAAUCGCAUUGGCGCCAUGACUGUGAUGACGUCGCUCUGCCAUCAAUCCUGAAGUUUGCUCGGACAACAUUAACGCGCACCUUAUCCUCAGCAGCGACACGCCUGGAGGACCUUGCGGAGAAAGUAUCCACGCUACACGGCCCAGUGGUUCCGCGACUUGUGUCUUCGAUGGGCAAAACUAAUACGGCUGUUGGCCAGUACGUUAGCCCUGACGUUCCUCUUCCAACACCAAUCAUAUCUAAGAGCCAACUGAACCUAUUGAAACAAUGGAGGGGUGGAGGUCAGUCUAUUACCAUACUCGACUUUGAUGCCCUGGAACUAGCACGGCAGUUCACGCUCAAGGAAUCUAGAAUAUUUUGCUCUAUUCUACCAGAGGAGCUGCUAGGCACCGAGUGGAUGAAAAAAUCUGGAUCUCUUGCAGUCAACGUCCGAGCUAUGUCGACCUUGUCAACAGACCUGGCUAAUCUUGUGGCUGAUUGUAUUUUACAACAAGAGGAGCCCAAAAAGAGAGCUGUUGUCGUAAAGCAAUGGGUCAAGGUCGCUUCCAAAUGCUUGGAAUUGAAUAAUUAUGACUCUCUAAUGGCGAUUAUCUGUUCCCUUAAUUCCUCUACUAUUUCCCGGCUAAGACGCACUUGGGAACUAGUGUCACACAAGACGAAGAUUUUGCUGGAACAAUUGAGGGAAAUUGUGGAUGUUUCCAGAAAUUAUGCUGUUCUUCGACAACGAUUACAGGGCCACGUUCCUCCAUGCCUACCGUUUGUCGGAACCUACUUAACCGACCUGACCUUCGUGGACCACGGAAAUCAAGACACACGAGCUCUACCGACUGGUGAUGGAAGCAAAUUAGUCAUCAAUUUUGAUAAGCAUAUGAAAACAGCGAAGAUCAUUAGUGAACUCCAGCGUUUCCAGAUACCAUACCGACUCGCUGAGGUCCCCGAGCUACAGACCUGGAUACAGGAUCAGCUCAUUCGCGUCCGUUCUGCAGGAGAGAAAAGUUUUCAGAAUUACUAUCGACGUUCCCUGGCCUUGGAACCCAGAGAGCAAUCUCUCCAGCGCAGCAGCGCCCGAGAGACCAACUCAGCUUUGGCUCGUGAAACCCCCAAGGAGAAAUUCGAUUUCCUUUCGUGGACUCACAGCUCCAAAUCUAAGACGGUCACUUCUCAGGGCUGA